ACCUUUCCAAGAUCAGGUAUGAAUAGAGCGAGCAUCUCCAUUUUCACUGCGAGAAUGUCUCUUUCCUUCUCAAUCCGAGCCAUUUCAAACCUGUGGUCCAUAUCCUUCUGCAUCGCCUCCUUCUGUUGCCUCAAGUCCGCGAGGAGAUUCUCGUUGCGCAGUCUGUCAAUCUCGCGCUCAUGCGCAUGAUUCUUGUUGAGAUCGCGGAUCUUCGCUUGUUGCCUCAGCUUGUUGUAGUUCUCCUUGAUCUUCCUAUUCGCACGCUUUCUCUCAAACUCUUUGAUGCGCUGCUUCUCUUUUUCUCGACGCUCUUUCCCCCACUGCUCCUUGGAGCCAUCACCCUGGACUCUUUCUUUGAGUUCUUCGCUGCACCAGAUGAGAAUGACGAUGCGGAGGAAGUCGAGGAAGAAGAUUCCGAAGACGGUGAUAGUGAUGACGAAGGCGAAGAUGAUGAUGAUGAUGAUGAUGAUGGCGAUGAUGAUGAGGAUGAUCAGACAUGGGAGGAACUUCCGUUUGAAGUGGGAGAGGAGCUUAAGGACACCAUCAUUCCGUAUGCAAUGCAGUGGUAUACUGGGGAAGCUCUUCUAUAUGAGAGUGAAGAGGAAGAUGACAGUAAUAAGGAGAUUGAGGAGGGAAAUGAGGAAGAGGCCUCUGACGAUGAUUGAUGUCUAGUGAAAGGUGCGCUUGUGGUGUGAUGUGCGGUGUGAAAA